CUCCACUGCCGCCGCCGCUACCUCCACUGCCGCCGCCGCUACCUCCACUGCCGCCGCCGCUACCUCCACUGCCGCCGCCGCUACCUCCACUGCCGCCGCUGACGUCAUCACUGCCGCCGCAUCUCGCGCUUCCGAGCUGCGUGCUUACGUGGCAAGUCGCGAGGCAGACGUGCGGUCUACCGCGGACCGAGAGCUGCAACGAGCACAGGAGCGGCGAGAUCGGGUGAAAUCCACAAUUGAGCGGUUGGAAAAGGAGCUGACGGAGGCGUACGAUACUGCCGUACGACAAGGGAUGCCGGCGGGUUUUGUUUCGGAGCCAAAAGGUUGGUUGGAGGCGUUGUACGGCAGAUUGGAAGCGGCUCGGCAGCUGGAAGCGAAGCAGCGGGAGGAGCAGCAGGCCGCUGCUGACGCCGGCGCCACGCUCGCGCUGAUGGGUCGCGAGGUGACGGGGCUGCUUGCUGAGGAGGAGGCGGCGGUCAAUAAGCAGCGAGUGGGGUUGGAGGCGGUGACGGGCUCCAUGCUGGUAGCGGCGGCGGUGGGGCGUGUGCGGGCGGCGGAUCGGGGGCUGCGCAUGCAGGGGCCGCACGGACAGGGACUUGGAGAUGCCUCUGGCGCUGCGGCAGGCCUGCAGGCGUGGCGGGAGGUGCUCGUUGGCGGAGUCCACGUGCAUGUGCCACCCGAGGGCGUCACGCAAGUGUCCCAAGACCCACGGGUCGCUUGCCGCGCCGCGUGGGCCCUAUCCUACCCGCCCUCGCUGGGGCUGCUGCGCCGAGCGGUGGCGGUGUGCGAGGCGCCGGGGCCAGUGGAGGGCGCGGCGCGGGGGGUGCUGCAUGGCUGCGACCAGAUGACAGUGCUGCUGUGCGAGCGGCACCUGCGGCAACCGCUGCGCUGGCUGGAGUCACGACUACAGGAGCAGCGCAAGACUGCGGAGAACCACGGUACCAGCAGCCUCAAGGACCUGGGUCUCCCCGUGCUGCUGCCCGCCCUGGAGGCGGUGCGGGGCCGAACGGAGCUGCUGCGAGCAUGGAGGGAGAUGCACCGGGCGGACCUGAGGGUGGAGGUGGCUGCGCACGGGUGCCAGGUGGUGAGUGAGGAGGUGACGGCGGCGGCGCACGGCGCACUGCCCGGCCUGGGCCCCCUCAUGCGGCUGGCGGAGGAGGAGCUGCGGGCGCGAGUGGGGGAGCUCAAGGCCCGCUGCGAGCAGCACCGGCGUGAGAAGGCGCACUUCCACAGCAAGUACCUGGAGGUGCUCAGCGCGCGGGGGGAGGACGGCGACGUGGCGGGGGCGGGCGGCGGCAGCACGGCGGCAGCUGAACAGCAGCAGCGGCAGCAGCAGCGGCUAGCAAGGGAGGAGCAGCAGCAGCAGCGAGGGGAGGAGGAGGAGCAGUUGCAGGGUGCAAAACAGGAGGGACAGGAGCGGCCCGCUAAUAGCUUCCCAGCCGGAGGCAGCAGUACUAACCCUAGCAGCAGCGGUAACGGCGGCGGCAGCGGUAGCGGUGGUGGUGGCGGAGGUGGAGCCUCCGCCGCUGCCGCCGCCGCUGGGGUGCUUCCAGCAGCAGCUACGGGUCCGGUACGGCAUGUGGGGGUGGCCUGUCGUACAGGCAUCUUUGCGUGCCUGCAUCCCUGGAGUGCAUGGCGGAGUAGUACGACACAAUCUAGCAACCGUACGACGUACGGCAUUGCUGGCGGCGGCGGCGGCAGCGGUGGAGCGAAGCAGAUUGAGGUGGUUGAUUUGGUUGAUGACGACAAGGGCUCGGCGGCGGCGACUGCGGCGGGUGUUAAGUCGACGACGGAGGCAGCUGACGGCGCCGCCGCCACCAUUGGCGUCCUGAUGAAGCCUGUGGAUGGUGUGGAAACGAUGCGCGGUAGUAGCAACCAAGUUGCCGCUGACGGAGGCAGCAAUAGCGCUGCAGCGGCGGCGGCGGCGGCGACACCAGCGGAGCCGUCAGCGCCGCCGCAGUCGGCCGCAGCGGCGGCGCGCGCGCGUGUGAUGGCGCAGAUGGCGGCGCAGCAAGCGAAGAUGGCGGCGGCACUGGGGAUGGGGGCGAGUGGUGGUGCGGGUGCGGGUGGUGCGGAGGAGGGCAGUGCAGGUCCCGCUCCAGCAUCGACAACAGCAGCAGCUGCGGCGCCUGUGGCCGGUGCUGGUACUGCUGCCGGCGGCUCCAAGGCUGGUGCCUGUGCUGGCAAUGGGGGUGGUGGUGGAGGCAGCAUCUGCAGCAUUUGCUACGAACUGCUUACGCACAUGUUUCAGGUCUUCCCCUGCGGCCACUACUACUGCACCCCCUGUACCGACGCCAUCAUGGCCCCCACCGGCAGCCGUACCUGCCCCACGUGCCGCCGACAGCUCAAGAAGGAGGAAAUCCGAACGGCGGGAGGCGUCAGCGGGGGGCCGGCGGGUGCGGGGGGGCGCAGGGGGGCCGCUGCUGCGGGGGGCGAGGUGGAUCCGCCGGAGGGCGCCUGCAUCCUGCGAGUCAAGGUCGCUGGCUCGGAUGAGCUAAUGGUGAAGAUCACGGCACUCGUACGGCGGCUGGUGUGGCUGCGGGACGAGCGACCCGACGAGAAGAGCCUGGUGUUCAGCCAGUGGCCGGAGGCGCUGCAGAUCGUGGAGCGCGGGCUGCAGCUGAACGGCAUUCGCUGCGUGACCCUCGAGAGCGGGCGGCGGGGUCGCAGCGCCGUCAAGGCGUUCCUCAACGACGAUUCCUGCCGCGUCUUCCUGCUCAGCCUGAGACAGGGCGCCGCGGGCCUCACGCUGGUUCGCGCCAACCACGUGUUCCUGCUGGAGCCCUCCCUGGACCCCGCCAUCGAGCAGCAGGCGGUGGCGCGUGUGCAUCGCAUCGGGCAGGAGCGGCCGGUGCGGGUGACGCGGCUGCUGGUGGAGGGCAGCGUGGAGGAGAAGGUCAUGAUGAUGCUGCAGGCCAAGCAGCAGCUCUUCCAUGAGGACGUCCACACCCGCCGAGCAGCCGCUGCCGCCGCCGCUGCAGCCGCAGGCCCCUCCACCUCCACAGCCGCAGCAGCAGCAGCCGGUGGCCCCGCAGCUGCCUCCUCCUCGCUGCUGCUCUCCCCCGCCCUGGUUCCGCUGCUGGAGGGCGGUGAGGGCGAGGAGGCGAGCC